GGUGCGGGCGAGUCUGGCAAGAGUACAAUCGUCAAACAGAUGAAAAUUAUCCAUGAGGACGGAUAUUCAGAGGAAGAGUGCCGGCAGUACCGCGCCGUGGUAUACAGCAACACCAUUCAGUCCAUCAUGGCCAUCAUCAAAGCCAUGGGCAACCUGAAGAUAGACUUCGGAGAGUCAGCCCGGGCAGACGAUGCACGGCAGCUGUUUGCACUGGCCUGCACGGCGGAGGAGCAGGGUAUAUUGCCGGAUGAUUUGGCCGGAGUGAUUCGCAGGCUGUGGGCAGACCAGGGUGUCCAGGCCUGCUUCAACCGUUCCCGGGAGUACCAGCUGAAUGACUCUGCGGCAUAUUAUCUCAAAUGACCUGGAGCGAAUCGCACGGUCGGAUUUACGUGCCGACGCAGCAGGACGUCCUGAGGACGAGAUUGUGAAGACCACGGGGAUUGUGGAGACGCAUUUCACUUUUUAAAGACCUUCAUUUCAAAAUGUUCGAUGUCGGUGGACAGAGGUCCGAGCGUAAGAAGUGGAUCCAUUGCUUCGAGGGAGUGACGGCCAUCAUUUUCUGUGUGGCUCUCAGUGCCUACGACCUCGUCCUGGCAGAAGAUGAGGAGAUGAAUCGGAUGCACGAGAGUAUGAAAUUGUUUGACAGCAUCUGCAACAACAAAUGGUUCACGGAGACCUCCAUCAUCCUCUUCCUCAACAAGAAGGAUCUGUUCGAGGAGAAGAUCACACAGAGCCCCCUCACCAUCUGCUUCCCCGAGUACACUGGCGCCAACCAGUACGAUGAGGCCGCCAGCUACAUCCAGAGCAAAUUUGAAGAUCUGAACAAGAGGCGGGACACCAAGGAGAUCUACACACAUUUCACCUGCGCUACUGACACAAAGAACGUCCAGUUUGUGUUCGACGCCGUCACAGACGUCAUCAUCAAAAAUAACCUGAAGGACUGCGGCCUGUUCUAA